AUGUACGCCUCUUGCCUCGCAGCACUACGCAAUGGCUACCGCCACAUUGACACAGCCCAAAUCUACCAAAAUGAAGCAGAGACCGGCGCUGCAAUCGCCCAAUCCGGCGUUCCCCGCGCGGAGCUCUUCAUCUGCUCGAAACUCUGGGAGGACAUGUACGGCCGCGAGUCAGCUCUGCAAGGCGUGAGACAGUCGUGUCAGAAACUGGGCGUCGACUACAUCGACCUGUACCUCCUACACACUCCUCGUCCAGGGCGGAAGCUACGGCACGAGAGCUGGCUGGGUCUACAGGACGCUGUCAGGCAGGGUCUAGUCAAGGCAAUCGGUGUGAGUAACUGGGCACCGAAGCAUAUCGAGCAAUUGAUGGCUGAAGACGGUGUGGAGUUCUUCCCAGCAGUCAAUCAAUUGGAGUUCCACCCGUGGCAGCAGCAAAGGGAUAUUCGGGCGUGGUGCGAGGAAAAGGGCAUGGUAAUUGUUGCGUACAGUCCGCUCACGCAGGGAAAGAGGCUGGGUGAUCCUGUGGUCAAGGAGGUUGCUGAGAAGGUGGGCAGGACACCUGCGCAGGUCGUGCUGAGGUGGUGUUUGCAGAGCGGUGUUGUGGUUAUUCCGAAGAGUGAUAAGGAGGCGCGGAUCAAGGAGAACAGCAACGUUUUUGGUUGGAGUUUAGAUGAGGAGGAUAUGAAGAGACUUGAUGUGCUAGAUGAGGGCAUGAAGGGCAACCAAGGGGAAUGGGAUCCCCAAGCCUGGGAUUGA